AUGUUUAUUUUAACCUAAUUUCUAUUUGUUUUUUCUUAUGAAAUUACAUGGACUAAUUAUUCCUUUGCCUUUCCAUAAUUUAUACCAUUAAUUGCUGAAAAGACAGUUUUUUCAAGAACGUUUGAGGAAUUUGGAUAGAUUUUGUAAUCACAAUAUUUUAAUAUAUGUAGAAAUAUAUCAAUAGAAUAUAAUGGAGACAAUUAAGAAUAGAUUUGUAAAUUUGAUUAUUAAUCUAUGGAAUUUGAGAGAUAACCUGAAAGUUUGAUAGCUUUGGUAAGUGAUAUGCAAUAGAUUGAUAUUGAUAUAUUAAAAACAGAAGAAAUUUAAUAAGGAUUUUCAGAUGAAUUAAUUUCAUAUGCAAUAUAAAAUUGGAGUGUGAUUCUAUUAUAAAAAAAUGGAACAAUUCAUCAUAUGUAUUAUAAUAUUGGUACAAAUUUUACAAAUUAUACAUCUCAUAAAUUAUAAAUUAUCAUAGAUUCAAAUACAAAUUAAUAGAUUUUAGCAGAUAAAGAUAAUUAUUAUUAUGUAGAUAAUUAAUAACUUAUAAAAUUUAAAAUUAAAGAUGGAAUUUUAGAAUAAUUUAAAAUUCCAAAUUGGACUAAAGUAAGUGGACAUUUUAUAAUGUUUAUCAAAUAAAGUUAUCUCUAUUUAAUAAAUGGAAUUUAUGGAAUACAUAUUUAUGAAUUACAUAAUAAUGUUAUUAUAUAAGUGAAUAAAUUAAAUAUUGAAGUAUAUUUAAAUUUAAUUUAGGAAUUUUAAAAAGAUAAGAAUUUGAUUGAUUAUGCAAUAGAAAAUGAUUGGUUAUAUUUAUUAGAUUAUGAAAGUGGAGUUUAUCGCUUUAAUAUUACAACAAUGUAAUUAGAUUAGAAAUUCUUUAUUGCUCAUAAGGGAUGUAAAAUAAUAUCAAUAAAAAAUAAUCAACUUAUAUUAAUUCAAUAAAAUCUAAUGCAUUCAGAAGUUUAUGAAGGUAUAAUUAUAGAUAAUGAUUGGAUCAUGAUUAGAAAGUAUAUGGCUGUAAAACAAAAUAUUAAGAAUAUUUAAUAAUUCAAUAAUUUUGCUUUAUUAAUUAGUAAUCCAAUUAAUAAUAUGUAUUAAAAGAAUCUAUUAGAUAAUUAUAGUAAUCCUAAUAUUUCUAAAGGGUAAUUAAUUUAUGAAUUAAUGUAGUACUAAUUUUUAUUAAAUGGAGUUUUUGGGAAUGAAUGAAUUGAAUGAGAAUUAUAUAGUUGGUAUCUAUAAAUAUGGUGUUGCUAUUUAUUUUACAUAAGAAAGACCAGCCAAAAUAUUUUGUUAAGCUAAAUUAAGUUAAUAAAAUAGAGUUACAGUAUAUUUUCAUAUAAAUUAAUUGGCAGAUUCGUCUAAAUAGUACAAAUUGUCUUAAUAAAAAUUAAUCUGAUGUUUUGAAUUAUUGCCAAAGUAGACUAGAUUAUGUAUUUGAUAUCCAUGGUGUCCUAAUGUCUCCAUAUUAGGAAGAUCUAUAUAUAUAUUUAUGCAUUAUUGCUUUUUCAAUAGUUAUUGGUCUAUUCUUGGCUAUAUUCUUUGUAAUUAGAAGAUAUCAAUUGAAAAAGGAGAAGAUUGAUCAUUUAAGAAAAAGUAGAAGGAGUUUUUCAUAUUGA